AUGACCAACCGUGACCCUGAUUUUCGACUUCAACUGGGCAAAUUCCGUCUCGACCCUGUCCCAUCGCAUCCCCCUCAUUCUGCUCCUGUUCCCCCUCCCUCGAUCCGGACGGCGGCGCCAACUCAUCCUACAUCCUCGGCCACUUUACAACAACAACCUCCUCCUCCUAUUUCUCCGUCACAAUCCCAUACUGUUCGUGCCAAACGUGUCUCGACCGCCUGCGACUUUUGUCGUAAACGGAAAAAAAAAUGUGACUUCCGCUACCCCAACUGCUCCGGGUGCACGCGAGCUGGUGUCCGUUGCACUAUCGCGCCGCCGGGUCCCCAAGUCGCCAGUGCCUCGGUUCCACGGGAUCAGCUCGAGAACCUACAAAACCGUGUUCAAUGGCUAGAAGAGGUCAUUCGUCGCAAAACGGGCAUUGCUGUAGCUGAUAAGCCAACAGGGAGUGCGCUGGACGGGGAUGGCGAUCCCGACUGGUGGCACCAGCUGCCAGCCAUGGUGAUCAAAUUGAGUCGCGGGAGCCCGCUUGGCCGGAGCGCAGUAUUACCGUCUACUCCAGGCACCAUAUCAAGCGCAAGUCCUUCAGAUGCCAGCCCGUCUGCUAUCGGAACCGAAUUGCCCAAUGUAGGCGAGAUCUUUCGUGACAAACUCGAACACCGUCUCCCGUCUGUCGCCCGACCAGUCACGUCUGCAAUCCCUCGUGUGCUUCGACUGGCUUCCCUAGAAGAAGCUGAGCGCAUCGCCACACAGUAUUUCGAUAGUAUGGGGUUCCAGUAUCCAUUCAUUCACCGCGCCGAGUUCUUCGACAACUUGCGACGAAUCUACGCAGGUGAAGUGCCCAGUCCUGAAGUUCACUGCUGCUACCACAUCACAAUCGCCAUUGCCCUCCUUAUAGGGUCUGCAGAUAGCGCUCAGGCCCAGGCCACCGAGUUCUACCAUGCGAGCAACGAAACCUUUCCCACGGCACUGCAAAAUGAGGAUCUCAUGGCGUUGCGCGCCUUGCUGAGCGUGGGCCUAUAUACAAUGUUUGCAACCAGCGGUCCCAGCGUGUGGCAUGUCCUAGGCACAGCUCUACGGUUAGCCACUAGCUUGGGAUUGCACAAAGUCCGGCAAUCGACCAAUCUAGUGGAUGACGAGAUGGCAAAACGCGCCUUCUGGAGCUUGUACAACCUUGACCGGCUGAUCGCAAGCACAUUGGGCCGGCCGCUGGGGAUUGCGGACGAGGACAUCACAAUGCUCCUUCCACGAGAGUUCAAUGAUGACUGGACCGAAGCACCAGGUGCCAGCGCAAUGACCAUUCCACUCCAAGUCAUAAAACUUCGUCGCAUCUUUUCCCGAGUCUACCGCUACCUAUACAGCACGAACCAACCCACCCCGACGCCCACAGAACUCGCCUUAACCCUUCGACAUUUCCGCCAGGAACUUGACGACUGGCGAGCCAACGCCCCCGUGUACCCGCCUGCCCUUCUCUACUCCACAAGCUAUUAUGACUAUCUCUACGCAACUACCCUCCUUCUUCUCUACCGCCCCAGUCCCCGCAAUCCCACACCAGACCCAACCAGCAUCGUCAGCUGCGGCAAUGCCAGUAUCCAAGUCAUUCGCUCCUAUUGGGACAGCUACUCUGCCGGCAAACUAAAAUGGAUCUGGCUCACGCUGAGCCAAAUCUACUUCGCGGGCAUUACCAUUCUCUGGUGUCUAAACCAGAACUUCCACGCCGUCAACGACGGCCACCUCCCGGUUUGGCAGGCCGACGAGCAAAUGAUGCGGCGCGCCAUCCAAGCCGUCGUCAUUAUCCUCGAGGAAUACGGAAAACGUCGACCGGGAGUCGAGCGUCUCGCUGAGACCUUCCGUCAACAAGGCACGAUGCUUUUCAGCCAUCUAGCCUAUCAGCAGCAGCAACAACAACAACAACAACAACAACAACAACAACAACAACAGUCUGCCCCUCCUCUGCCUCCAGCACCUCCACAACCUCCUCCGCCUCCCCCGCUUCUUCCUCCUUCGGAGCCGGUGCUCAUUGCGCCGCCUGUGCCGCUGGCGCCGGUGUUGGAUGAUGUGUUGUUGGUGGACGCGUCGGGGAAUAUUCCUGUGAUGGAUCCGCAGUUGGCAGAGCAAUUGUUCUACUCGUAUGAUUGGUUCCAGGAAGAGAUGGCAACGUAUUAUACCUUAUAA